AUAUUUCUUCCUAUCAGCAGCUCAUUUCAGAACAAACUUUGGAAUGCAAAUGAUUUUUUUGCCUGCACUAUAAGUUUUACCUCUCAGCAUUCGCUUUAAGCUGAACAGGUGGCCAAGACUGGAAUUUUCACAGCACCAAGAAAGAGUUCUUUGGGAUGUCAGACUACAUUUGGUUUGAAGGAAUACCUUUCCCUGCUCUAGGAUAUGAAAAAAAAAUACUUGAAGAAAGUCGUGAUAAGUUUGUGAUCAGAGAUGAAGACACAGUCAUACUGUCUUACCCAAAGUCAGGAACUAACUGGCUGAUUGAGACUGUCUGCUUGAUUCAAACCAAGGGGAAUCCCAAAUGGAUCCAAUCUGUGCCCAUCUGGGAACGCUCACCCUGGAUAGAGACUCAAAAUGGAUAUCCAAUAUUAAUCAAUAAGGAAGGACCACGACUCAUGAGCUCCCACCUCCCUAUUCAUCUUUUCCCCAAGUCUUUCUUUAGUUCUAAAGCCAAGGCAAUCUAUGUCAUCAGAAAUCCCAGAGAUGUUCUCGUGUCUGGUUAUUUUUUCUGGUAUAAGUCAAACUUUAUUAAGAAGCCAGAGUCACUAACAACUUACUUUGAAUGGUUCCUCAAAGGAAAUGUGAUAUAUGGAUCAUGGUUUGAGCACACCCGUGACUGGCUGUCUCUGAGAGAAAGGGACAACUUCCUGGUACUGAGCUAUGAAGACAUGAAAAAGAAUACAAGGGGAACCGUAGAGAAGAUCUGUGACUACCUAGGAAAGAAACUGGAGCCAGAUGAGCUAGAUCUGGUCCUCAAGUAUAGCUCCUUCCAAGCCAUGAAAGAAAACAAAAUGUCUAAUUUUAGUCUUGUCCCAGAAGAUGUAAUUACUAAUGGUUUGGCCCUCAUGAGAAAAGGCUUCAGCCUUAAUCUUCAGUCCAACUCCAACCUACAGAGGAUCAUGUCAUAAGACAGUAAGGACUUCAGGAGUAUACAUAGAGAUAAAUAAGUUAAAGUCAUUAGUGGAUUGCAAUUAAUUCAGUGCUCCUGGUGUUCUCACAAGAGGAAAUUAGACUUAGAUUUGGGCACACAAAAUUGUCAACUCAAGAAAAUGGUUAUCUAUACACUAAGGACUGAGGCCUAUCAGAGGAUCCUCUGCCAUUGACUGAUAAACUCAGAUUCCUGUGCUCCAGACUCUGUGGAGAUAGAGUUCUCUGUAUAAGAAGUGAAGACCUCAAGUAAGAAAAGAAAUUGCCCAUUCUUGGAUUUCCUGUAAUGAAUCAAAUUUGGGCAGAGAUAAAAGAGUAUGUGUUUUCAAUGAGAAUGGUUUCAAUGAAAUGUCAAAACAAAUAAAGUGGCUUUCUUAAGAGAGAAA